ACCGUGUGUACACGUGUAUUCCCAGAAAACUGCCAAAUCUACCCUGGUUUUAAUCCCGUUGUUCGGUGUCCACUUCAUCGUGUUCGCGUGGCUGCCCAACAACGUCAACCCCACAGCCGAGCUGGUCCAGCUUUAUUUUGAGAUGUUCUUCAACUCUGUACAGGGAUUUUUUGUGUCAGUUUUAUUCUGCUUCAUGAAUGGAGAGGUACAAAGCGAGUUCAGGAAAAAAUGGCAGAGAUUCAGGAUUACAAGAUUUAACCACUUGCCCAAGAGUCGAAACAGCAGCCACAACGCCACAUUUGCCACUUACCUCUCGCGCCCUCGGGAGUCGAACGCGUCCGUGACGCAACUCCCUGAUUCUCGUGACAACGGCAACGGAAUUAUCAGGGGAAGGAACUCUAACCUAUCUUGCAAAGACACAACAAUCUCGUUACUUCCCCUGAAAAACGCUCACAACGGUCACGGGAAAAAUACCAUUCUUGAAGCAGAAGAGCAAGAACUCAUUAACAAUCAGACGAGUGGGUACGAAACAGACAACCACACCCGAAUCAAUGACUACACUUGAGAGGGAAGAAAAUAAAUCAUACAAACAUAAUUUUAAAAAUAAACAAUCGGUGUGCCUCUACAAAAUCGCCAAUGCUAAAGCUGAAAUCUCAUCACCUGAAACCAGUGAUUGAUUUUAAAGCAAUGACGUAGCCCAGGCUUUAAAAAUAAAAGCCAAGGGAGAUAAGUGAC